AUGGGAACAGUCCUCACUACGGCGCAUCACAUGGUUUUAUCCUCAUUGGUCGUUUGCCCACAGACAAAUCGUAUCCUGGCUCUGUUCGUAAUUGCUGCGGUCUGUGUAUCAAUUCUGUCAUAUUUGCAACUCAAACCCGAACCGGAGGUAAUUGCGGUCUGGCUGAACCUGGACUAUGUGUUCGAGUUAGUGUUUGUCAUGAUGGUUGUUGCUGCCACUGUGGACACAGGCUUCUACGAUCUCGUGGCUUUCAAAAUUUACGAUUUAACAAAUGGCGCAAUUUUUGGCAUUACGUCUAUACUAUGCGUGUGCACAUUCGUAUUAGCUGUGAUUAUGGAUUGUGUGGUGGCUAUUAUGUUGGUAACGCCGCUUGCAAUAAGAACUAUGGAGCAUGGUAAGAUGAACCCGAUGCCUGUGUUAAUGUCUAUGAUCCUGUAUUGCAACAUGGCUGCCGUGCUGGAUGCAGACUACAAUUACGUGAACCACAACAUUAUAAAGGGACGCGAUCGCUGGCAAGCUACGGACACCGCGUUUGAAGACACCAAAAUUCACCAGAAGACAAUGCCAGGAGUCGUUGUGGCGGCCGCCGCCACCACCCUAUAUAUCCUCUUCGUGUUCAAGAAGUUGAGGCCAUAUGCGUACAAUUCCCCAGAAGUUACAAUGCUGAUGCAUCGGCAGACACUCCUACGCAUGGCUGCUUCCAGCGUAAAUAGGAAUAGCAAGAGCUGGGAAGCUAUCAGGAAUCAGCUGGUGGAGUGGCACCACGAGGUGGACCAGGAGAGGCUGCGCAGGCUGGCUGAUGAUGGACCUGCACCAAUUAACAAACGCUUCAACAAGAUUUCGGAUAUGACUCUACUCUUGAAGAUCGGCCUGGUCCUCGGUAUAUUCUGCGCGUUAUUCCUUCUAAGAAGAUAUCGCUUAUUGGGGUUAGGUACGGUGUCAAUUAGUAUGCUUGUCGCGGUCUGUACGGGGUACUUGUUACUCCUCCUGAAUCCCCACGACCUGAACAGCUUGCUCAGGAGGUGCCAGUGGACCACAAUCAUGGCUAUCCUGUGCAUAUUCUUCAUAGAACGGUCCUUUGAGACAAUGCGCUUGAAUAAGAGAUUAUUUCAAUUUCUCUUGGGGUUGGUCCCUGACGACAAGACGUCUGCCCCCUUCUACGUCGUGAGGUACUUGCAAUGGGUAAGUUGA